AACAUUGAAUCUCUGACACAACCCAGUUGUUAAAAUCCUUGAUUGGUGAGAGAAAGAAGAGAUUUUGUGUUGUAUCUUUAUUCUUCAGCGAAAAAAAGGCUGGUCAUGGCCCAUGUGGUACCACAUUUACAACGACCUUUUAUUCUUGUUCAUAAUAUUUACUAGUAAAAAAAUACCAAGACCAGACCUGAGUAUCCGUCUUCUUUACUUCAACUUUUACAAGUCGUACUGUCUUCCCAUCUUGUUUCUGUCACUGCCCAUUUUCUUAAAACAUUCCCUUUGUCACUUGUGCUGUUUUUUCUUUCCCGGGUUAUCAAUUAUGUUAUUUUAAAGACAAGCCUUUAAUCUCAAUAAUGGGUUCUGGAGAUUGGUUUAAGACAAUAAUUAACUCAAAGAAGGUCAAGGUUGGCAGUUCAAAGAAGGGGAAGGGGUCUUCAGCUUCUUCAAAACCCAAUGGCUUCAAAUGGAAAAAACGUUCAGGCAAACAGUCUGGUGGUUUUGCUAAUGCUAUUAGAGGAAGUCGUGGGGCCCUUGGCAUUCCAGUUGAGGAUAUAGCUGCAACACGGAUUCAAACUGCAUUUCGAGCAUAUAUGGCCAGAAAAAGUCUACGUCGUUUGAAAGGGAUAGUAAGAUUACAGGCUGCAACCCAACGUGAUCUUGUUAAAAAUCAAGCUUCAACCACAUUGAGCAAUCUUCAUGCAUGGAGCAAAAUACAGGGUGAGAUUCAUGCUCGGCGACUGAAUAUGGUAAUGGAAGGCCGGCUCAAACAGAAGAAAUUAGAGAAUCAACUAAAACUUGAGGCAAAGCUUCAUGAUCUAGAGGUUGAAUGGAGUGGUGGCUCUGAAACAAUGGAUGAAAUUCUUUCAAGGAUACAAGAAAGGGAAGAGGCCUCAAUCAAACGAGAGCGAGCAAUGGCUUAUGCCUUUUCUCAUCAGUGGAGGGCCAACUCUGAUCCUCUUGGUUUCCGUAAAUAUGAACUUGGCAAAUCUGAUUGGGGUUGGAGUUGGAAGGAACGCUGGAUUGCUGCUCGACCAUGGGAAAGUCGUGUUCCUCCGAAGUUAAUUAGCCCAAAGAAGGUCCAGCUCAAGCAAGUAAACAAGGUUGGUGAAAACAUGAAUUCACCUUUUAAGUCCAAAAGCCCAAAGAAGGUGCUGGGACAACGAAACAUUGAUAAAAACAAAAAAUCACCUUCUGAGUUCAAAAGUCCCAAGAUGUUGCAGCAAAGGCAAGCAAGAAAGGUUGGCGAAAACAUGAAUUCACCAACACAAAAAUCAUCAGGUUCAGUGAAACCUCCUAUGCCUAACGGGAGGGGAACUACAAAGGGUCGAAGGUUGUCUUUCCCAGAUGCCAAAAAAUCAUCCCCUGGAGGGAAUGCCGAAGCUGAAGGAACAAACACUGAGGAAAGAACUAAAAAUGGCCAAAGAUUAUCUUUUCCAACUUCUGAAAAACCUUUCCCUGGAGGGAAUGCUAAAGCUGGAAAAACAAACACCAAGGAAAUAACUACUAAGGGCCGAAGGUUGUCUUUCCCAGCUGCCGAAAAACUAUCCCCUGGAGGGAAUGCUACAGCUGGUAAAAAAAACACCAAGGAAAUAACUACUAAGGGCCGAAGGUUGUCUUUCCCAGCUGCCAAAAAACUAUCCCCUGGAGGGAAUGCUAAAGCUGGAAAAGCAAAUACCAAGGAAAUAACUACAAAGGGCCAAAGGCUGUCUUUCCCUGGUGCUGAAAAACAAUCUUUGCCAGAAGGGAACACCAAAGCUGAAGAAGCUACUGUUAAGGAGCAAUCAGCUUCCUAAUACCCUGCCAAUUUUAUUCACUGAGUAGCAUAUAGUUGGUUUUCAUUUUUCAAUCAUCUAAAAUUUCUAGACACGAAGUCCAUUUUUUUCUUUGUCAACUCAUAUGUUCUUUCCUGUUGUGGUUAUAAAGUGUUGUGAAAGUAAUAUGUUUUGGUAUGCAGUACAGAAUUAUACAUCAGAGCCAUGAACCGGGUAUUUGGGAUUGAUUUGUUAGCUUUGAUUUUCUGUGGUCUGUAUAUUAUCAGAAAAGAUUUGUUUUAUUUAUUUAUAAUGUAAAUAUAAAGAAUUUUAUUGGGGUGAUUAUUUUUCAAA